AUGGAUGAGUUAAGUAAGGACGUAGGAGUGGUUGCUCUGGACGGAGACAUCACUACCGCCGGGGGCAUGGUCGUCGGAGGAGGCGCCCCUGGCAUGCCGGUGGGAGGCGUUGGGUCACCCUCUUCAGCAGGUGGUGGUGGAGCAGCCGCUGACGGGAGCUACCUGGAAGGACUCAUAAGGGAGAAGGAAGCUCUGAGUCAAGGCUCCGGCAUGGAUCUUACCAAGCGUCUCCUGACUCAAGGUGACAUAACCGUGGGUGAACAAUCUGGAGGUGACAAAACCGUGGGUGAACCAUCUGGAGGUGACACAACCGUGGGUGAACCAUCUGGAGGUGACACAACCGUGGGUGAACCAUCUGGAGGUGACACAACCGUGGGUGAACCAUCUGGAGGUGACACAACCGUGAGUGAACCAUCUGGAGGUGACACAACCGUGGGUGAACCAUCUGGAGGUGACACAACCGUGGGUGAACCAUCUGGAGGUGACACAACCGUGGGUGAACCAUCUGGAGGUGACACAACCGUGGGUGAACCAUCUGGAGGAUGUGCUGGAGUUGUUGUCGCUAGAGAAGAGGUCGCUGGGAAGGAGCUCAUUAAAGAAGAGGUCGCUGGGAAGGAGCUCAUUAAAGAAGAGGUCGCUGGGAAGGCGCUCAUUAAAGAAGAGGUCGCUGGGAAGGAGCUCAUUAAAGAAGAGGUCGCUGGGAAGGCGCUCAUAAAGAAGAGAAGAGGAGCUCUUUGCUGGAAGGAGCUCAAAGAGGUUAAAAGAAGAGGUCGCUCUGGGAAGGCUCAGCUCAAGCCGGGAAGGAGGGAAUUAAAGAAGAGGUCGCUGGGAAGGAGCUCUAAAGUGGUCGUGGGGAAGGGCUCUAAAGAAAGAGGUCGCUGGAAGGAGCUCAUUAAAGAAGAGGUCGCUGGGAAGGAGCUCAUUAAAGAAGAGGUCGCUGGGAAGGAGCUCAUUAAAGAAGAGGUCGCUGGGAAGGAGCUCAUUAAAGAAGAGGUCGCUGGGAAGGAGCUCAUUAAAGAAGAGGUCGCUGGGAAGGAGCUCAUUCAAAGGGAAGAGGUCGCUGGGAAGGAGCUCAUUAAAGAAGAGGUCGCUGGGAAGGAGCUCAUUAGCAAGAAAGGUCGCUGGAAGGAGCCCAUUAAAGAAGAGUCGCUGGGGAAGGAGCUCAUUAAAGAAGAGGUCGCUGGGAAGGAGCUCAUUAAAGAAGAGGUCGCUGGGAAGGAGCUCAUUAAAGAAGAGGUCGCUGGGAAGGAGCUCAUUAAAGAAGUGGUCGCUGGGAAGGAGCUCAUUAAAGAAGAGGUCGCUGGGAAGGAGCUCAUUAAAGAAGUGGUCGCUGGGAAGGAGCUCAUUAAAGAGGUCGCUGAAAAUAUUUUUCCUAUAAAGAAAAGGUCGCUUGAAAAGGAUAUACUAGAACAGUAG